AUGUCCGGUUUUGAGGUGGCAGGCGUUGUGCUUGGGGCCCUUCCCCUCGUCAUCAACGCCCUCUCGGCUUAUAGGCAAAACAGAGGGAAGAUAGCAGUCUGGAGGAGAUUCCGCGGCCUUCUGGACGACCUGCUCCACCAACUGAAGACGCAGAAGACGAACUUCUACUUGGAUAUUCUUGAGCUUCUUCGUGAAGCUAGAGUUCCGGCGGUACUUGAGGAACUGGACCCGAACGAGGACAAGUGCGUUGAGAUUCUUCAGCAUGCCAGAACCGGGACCCACGUUGAAGACUACCUGGGACAUCUUUGGGAGCCGUUUUUAGAGAUACUGGGGUAUUAUGAGAAGUACUUGAAGGAUAUUGUAUCUGGUCUUAAUAACCUUGCUCGGCCAGAGAAUGUGGGUUUCAAUAACCCGGUAUGGGCAAAGAUGAGAUUCUCAAUGGACAAGGAAAGCCUAGAUGCUCUCGUUGAAGACCUUAGCACAGAGAGAUACUCGCUCGGAAAUCUCAUCAAGCGUGUCAAGUCGAAGAGGGAAUGGGAGGCGAGGGAGCCAACGGGUACCUCGGCUACUUUGGCCCUGACCUUUGCUAAAGUAACGAAGAGUGCAACCAUGCUGUACAAGGCGGCCUGCAAGUGUUGGGCUUGCGACCAGCACGGGCUGCAUACAGUCCUGCUUCGCCUUGACCACAGGAUCCGGGAAGACUCUAACAUGAGGGGAAGGAGGGGAAGGGAGGCGCUAAUUGCGUUUGGGCUUUGCCUGCCUAUCGAAGAGGAUGUCUUGCAGGAAAUCGAGGUGGCUGCCCGUUCUCUCGACCAUUCGCAUGCCUUCGUCACGAGCCAACCCCGAUCGACAGCUAUAGGCAGUCUCUCAGUUCCCACCAUAACUGUUACGACAUUGCAGGAGUCGAGUCCUAGCCACAACAGAGUCCAGAGAAUAUGCCACAAUGCCCAGAGAGCGAGAAGACUGGGUCGAAUUCUCAGCUUGAUACUCACAUCAGACGCCCUUGAGCUCUCCGAGGAGGACAAGCCUCACCAACCGUACAGCCAUUCGACAACCCUGGCAGAGUUCCUAAGAAACACGGCACAAGACGAGGACGCGCGGAUGGGACCGAUAUUACAAACCCUACUGGCCCUGAAUGUUGUCUCGUCCGUCUUGCAGCUGCGACCGACGGCAUGGUGCAACACGCCCUGGACAAGCAAGACAAUCAAGUUCCCUACAAAGACGAACAAUGGAUCACCCAUUACCAUAUGCACUCCAUACGUGGAACAGACUUUCGACACCACCAUGCUUCAAUGCCACGACUGCACGUCCGGUCUAAACACCCAAGCCAUCAAGUCAACUAUGCUCGAGCUGGCCAUUCUCUUGCUAGAGAUCCUUCAUCAUAGAUCUCUUGAGUCUUGGGCGGAAAAGCAUGAGCAAGGAGAUAUGUGUUCGUAUGGAGAAAGGAUGCUGGGCGCUAAUCGCUGGCUGGAAAUGAGCACGGGAAGACUUCUCCCCGACCAUCUCAAGGCCGUGGAGGGAUGUCUCGAGUAUUGUGUCAAGAGCAAUCUGGCCUGGGAUAAGAGCUUCCAGAGCGGUUACUGUGAGAAUGUGAUAAAGCCGCUACAGCAGCUCACAUCGAUAUGUUAG